GAAGGACAACAAACUUUAUUCGUAUACUGAUAAUUAAUAAGUAUUCAAAAUUACUGUACUCUGAGAUCGGUUAGGCGAAGUCUGUGUUAUAGUCAUCUAUUACAGUGUGGAUUUGAAGAUGGAGGAAUAAUUAUGUCAACAUAUUGACUACCCUGAAAACCUGAAAAUUUGGGAUAUUUGUGUAGCUAAUAAUACGAAUCAAUCAUCAUUAAAUAUAUACACAUAUAAAAAUAAUUUGUUCAGUUAGGCACAGGAUUGUUACUGUAGCUGGUUAAACUGAAGCAGCAGAGGCUGCAGUUCCCCAGUGUGGACUGUGGGCGCCGCUGUUGGCCAAAAUGGAGAGCUUGGGCGCUGGCGAUCUCCUCGCGCAGCCGCAGCGCACUUUCCCUAUCAGACUCGCUAGCCCAAUCCUUUACACCACUUCCUCCUCCGGAAAAGAAGAAACUCUGACCCUCACACAGGACUUACAGCCUGUUCGGAGCUCCGGACAUCUGCAGCACAGAGAUUAUUUGUAAUCCGGCGUCUCCAGGCCGGUGAGCAACCUGAGGGGAGCAAGAGGGAUGGGGAGCGGCGCUGCCGAGAGGGGCUGGGCUGAGAGGCGGCCAGUGCUCUUUCCCUUCCUGCUGUCUUUGUUCGGCCCGGCGCUCUCUGAGCCGAUCCGCUACAGGAUUCCCGAGGAAAUGCCCGAGGGCUCGAUGGUGGGGAACCUCGCCAAGGAUUUGGGACUCAGCGUGCAUGAGUUCCCGACUCGACAACUGCGCAUCAGUUCGGAGAAGGCUUACUUCACCGUGAGCGCCAAGAGCGGGGAGUUACUUGUGGGCAGCAGGCUAGACCGGGAGCAGAUAUGUGGGAAGAAGCCAGCCUGUACUCUGGAAUUUGAGGCUGUUGCUGAAAACCCGUUGAAUUUUUAUCACGUGAGUGUGGACAUCGAAGAUAUUAAUGACCAUACCCCAAAAUUCACCCAAACUUCUUUUGACCUGCAGAUAAGUGAGUCUACAAAGCCCGGGGCACGAUUUAUUUUAGGAUCUGCCCAUGAUGCAGAUAUUGGUACCAACUCACUACAGAAUUACCAGCUCAACCCCAAUGAUCAUUUCUCACUCGUGAAUAAAGAGAAACAAGAUGGCGGUAAAUACCCUGAGCUGGUACUAAAAACGCCUUUAGACCGGGAAGAGCAGAAAUCCUACCAGUUGACCUUGACUGCGUUGGACUGCGGGGACCCACCCCUUAGUAGUACUGCCCAGAUACAGGUCCUAGUGACUGAUGCCAAUGAUAACCCCCCAGUGUUCAGCCAAGAACUAUACAGGGUGAGCGUUCUGGAAAACGUGCUUCCGGGCACCCCUGUGCUUCGAGUGAUGGCCACUGACCAGGAUGAGGGUGUCAAUGCCCAGAUCACCUUCUCUUUCACUGAAGCAGGCCAGAUCACCCAGUUUGACCUGAAUUCUAUUACCGGGGAAAUUACUAUUCUAAAUAGGUUAGAUUUUGAGGAAGUCAAAGAAUAUUCCAUAGUUUUGGAAGCAAGGGAUGGUGGAGGAAUGAUUGCUCAAUGUACCGUGGAGAUAGAGGUCCAAGACAUAAAUGACAAUAUCCCAGAAGUGGUAUUCCAAUCUCUGCGGGAUAUUAUUAUGGAGGACACCAACCUGGGAACACACGUUGCUUUGCUUAAAAUCCGUGACAAGGAUUCUGGACAAAACGGAGAAGUUAUUUGUAAAUUAGAAGGUGAUGUUCCAUUUAAAAUAGUCUCUUCUUCGAUAAACACCUAUAAAUUAGUGACAGAUGGAAUUCUAGACCGUGAGCAGACCCCUGAGUACAAUGUCACCAUCACAGCCACCGACAGGGGCAAGCCUCCCCUUUCUUCUAGCUCAAGCGUCACCCUACACAUCGGCGAUGUCAACGACAACGCGCCGGUUUUCGAACAGCCUUCUUACGUAGUCCAUGUGGCUGAGAAUAAUCCUCCUGGAGCAUCCAUCGCACAAGUCAGCGCUUCCGACCCCGACCUGGGGCCCAACGGUCGCGUCUCCUACUCCAUCGUGAACAGCGACCUGGAGCCACGCGCGCUGGCGUCCUACGUGUCCGUGAGCGCGCAGAGCGGGGUGGUGUUCGCGCAGCGCGCCUUCGACCACGACCUGCUUCUCCCUCUCCCACUCCCCCUGCUUGUGUUCCCUCAAGAAGUGCUGCCAGAUGUCAGCGACCGCCCGGCGCCCUCUGACCCCCAGGCUGAACUGCAGUUUUACCUGGUGGUAGCUUUGGCUUUGAUCUCAGUACUUUUCCUCCUGGCGGUGACUCUGGCCAUCGCCUUGCACCUUCGUCGCUCCUCCAGCCCCACCACCUGGACCUGCUUUCAGCCUGGUCUGUGUGUCAAGUCAGGACCUGUGGUUCCUCCCAACUACAGCGAAGGGACUUUGCCUUAUUCCUACAAUUUGUGCGUUGCCCAUACUGGAAAGACAGAGUUUAAUUUUCUAAAGUGCAAUGAGCAGUUGAGUUCAGAACGAGACAUACUUUUCGGUGAUUCAUCUGGGGCCUUAUUUCCACUUUGCAAAUCCAGUGAGUCAACCUCCCAUCUGGUGAGUUUCUUUUAA